UAUCUCCCAAGUUUCGUAGGAGGAAGACGUCGUCGUUUCGUGCUGUAUUCCAAUCGAAUUGAUUUGAUUUCGGCCAUAAAUGCAAGUGCAACAGGACCAACAAAUACAACCAACGUUGGUAUGCGUAGUGCAUGCUAAAUUCACAGUCUAAACACACACACACGACAAGUGUUGUCAACAGUGCCAAAGAUAACGCGCGCCCAUUUUGGAGGUGUACAAAAAUCGAUUAGCAUUUGUCAAAUUUUCAGCAGGGCGCGUGACAAUUAAGCGGAUUUUAUGUCAUUAUUACUAUGAAAUUGGAUGAAAUUGUCGCAUGGUACCAGAAACGCAUCGGCACCUAUGAUAAACAAGAAUGGGAGAAAACCGUCGAGCAGCGCAUUUUGGAUGGCUUCAAUAGCGUCAACCUGAAGAACACCAAACUAAAAACGGAACUAAUCGAUGUGGAUCUAGUGCGAGGCUCCACAUUUCCCAAAGCGAAGCCGAAACAAACCCUGCUGACUGUCAUCCGUUUGGCGAUCUUGCGCUACCUGCUGCUGCCACUUUACACACAAUGGUGGGUCAAGCAGACGACGCCAAAUGCCUUCGGCUUUAUACUGUGCCUCUACAUCACCCAACUGAUCAACUGGGCCAUAUACAUCCUGCACAGCAAUCGCAUUGCGCCCCUCGUCUACGAACGGGCAGCGAAUGCAACGAUUCUCGAUGAUGUGGCUGCAACUGUUGCUGACAACAAGCAGCAGGAGCAGCAACAGCAAUCGACAGAGGAGAGUGCUGAUAUGCUUAGUGCUCUGCUAAUACCAUCUGCGCUUAGUUUACUGAUUAGUUUAAUACACUCGCAAAUUGUCGCUACGAAUACGGCUGGUUCGGGUGCCAGCAGCAAAAACAAAUUGCGUCGCAUUUCCAUGUCCACAUUUGGCGACAAGAGCAAUGCGCCAAGGGAGCAGCGUUUGCGGCGACGCAAGAAGUUUGUGCGUUUGCGACAAUCUGAUGCGGACAUUUCACAGCCCAGCAGCAAUCACUCAUUGAGUGCGCGGCGUUCCAAAUUGACGCCACUUAUCGCUGAAGUAACAGCAGCUGGCGCCGAGCUAAAGCAAUGCAAUUGUGUCCCAAUUGCCAGCGAGGAGAGCGGCCCCAGCACAACUGCCAUAGCCAUAGUAAACAAUCAUCAUCAUCUGCAUCAGCAUCAAGCAGCAGCGGCGGAUAGCACGACUACACUCACCGAACCGCUGUACGAUCUCAAGCCACCGGACAGUCCACAUAAGAAGCGCAAUGUUAAUUGGCACACACCCAUCCAGAUCUAUGCCACUUUCGAGGAGAAUGAGCUGCCCUCGUCCAGCGUUGAGCUGAGCAAUGUGGCCGGCAGUUUGGAGGCCAGUUAUGGGACGCGUCGCUGCAUUGGCGAUGACGAUGGUUUCGAGAGUCUCAACAAUAAGAGCUCCAGCGGCGAAGAUAACAAUCAUUCGCCCAACAAUGCUGCCAAUGUCAAUGCCAGCAACAACAAUCAUACCAACAACCUAAACACAUCAACAAUUGUCACACCGGCCAGUCAUCUGCGUUUGCGUCUCAAUGCGAACAGCAGCAGCUGUUGCACCAACAGCACCACCACCAUAACCAACAGCACCACCAAUAUCAACAGUGGCGGCGCCAGCAGCAGCAGCAAUGCGCCAACCACAAGCGCAGAUAAACUCGGUAGAGAAUCGACCAGCAGCUGUGCCGAGUCGGACGAAUGCGACGAUGCGGACAUCAUAUCGAGUCCAGCCUCGGCUGGCACCCAGGAGUGCAACACAUCUGCCACUGAUUGGCUGGGCGUCACCACCAACAGUGACGAUUGCAGCUACACCUCUGAACUGGAUCAAUCCGAUGGCGGCUACAAACAUCAGGCAUGCAGCGAUGAGGAGAUGCCAGAACUGGACAUUACACCCACAACCAUACUAAAUCCGCACAGUAGCCUGGAUCGCAUAAGCUGCACCAUUUGGGAUCAGCGUGAUGCGAAAAAGGCACAGAUGUCUGUGCUGGAGAUCGCCUCGUGCAUUAUUGAGCGUGUCGAUUCGCUGGGCGUCACCAACGACUACAUUUACAUAGGCGUGUUCUUCUCCUUUCUGCUGACGCUGAUACCAACCUUCUGUCGGCUGUGCGAGAUCACCAUUGAUGCGGACAAGGCCAGCGAGAUCAGCUAUUUGUAUAUGCCACAGCUGCUGUGGGAGAAGUCAUCGUCCUCGCUCUUUACACUAAUCGGCUUCGCCUUCGGCAACUCGCAGUGGGAACGCACCGUGCUGGCUUUGGGCUUUGCUCAACGUCUUUGCCUGACGCUCAUCCUCUUCAUCAUAUUUGCUGUGGCGGAGCGCACCUUCAAGCAACGUUUUCUGUAUGCCAAACUGUUUUCGCAUCUGACUUCAUCGCGUCGCGCACGUAAAUCGAAUCUGCCCCAUUUUCGCCUCAACAAGGUGCGCAACAUCAAAACUUGGCUGAGUGUGCGCUCCUAUUUGAAGAAACGCGGUCCGCAGCGAUCCGUGGAUAUAAUUGUGUCUGCGGCAUUUAUAGUCACCUUGCUGCUGCUGGCCUUUCUCAGCGUUGAGUGGCUCAAGGAUUCGGUUAAUCUGCACACACAUCUGACGCUGGAGGCGCUCAUCUGGUCAAUUACGAUUGGCAUCUAUUUGCUGCGCUUCAUGACGCUGGGCCAGAAGAUCCAGCAUAAAUAUCGCAGUGUGUCGGUGCUGAUAACCGAACAAAUCAAUUUGUAUUUGCAAAUCGAACAAAAACCCAAAAAGAAGGAGGAACUAAUGGUCUCAAAUAGCGUACUAAAGUUGGCAGCCGAUCUGCUAAAGGAGCUCGAAACGCCAUUCAAGAUCUCUGGUCUCAGUGCCAAUCCAUAUCUGUUCACAACCAUCAAGGUGGUCAUCCUAUCGGCCCUUUCGGGUGUGCUGAGCGAGGUGCUCGGCUUUAAGUUGAAACUACACAAGAUUAAAAUUAAGUAAGCCAAAAACAAAACAAAUGAACACAACACAACACAACAAAAUUGAUAUCAGAUCAGAGUACCGGACCGACUACUGGCUACUGGCUAAUAUCAUAUUCUUGUAGUUCAAAGUAUCUAAAUUUUUUUUAUUGUUUUAAGGAAAAAUAUACAUUUACCUACUACAACUAGCCUGAAUAAACUUAUAUAAUUAACGGAAUUUGAAUAGCUAAAUAAAUAAUUAAGUAAGCCAAUGUUUAUGUUUGUCAUGUGAUUGUCUAAUAGCAGCGUUGAAUACCUAAAUUACCACUAAUGUUUAAAAAUCAAAUCAAAUAUUUGUUUAUAUGUAUCUGUAUCUGUAUCUGUACGUAUCUGAUAGAAAUUAGAGCGUCGUGCACAAUCAAGCUUUGAAAUGUUCACAGAACCGCCUAGUAUAGCAAACUAUCUAUAAGCAUAAAUCGUAUGUUUGUCGUA